AUGACAGACCCAUUCGCCUACUCAUACCCCUCCCCAUUGGAGGGGUACGAAGACCUCGAGCCACUGUCCGACGAGCGAAAUGAAGACGGUAAAUCAUUGAAGAACCCUCAACAUGGCGUAUUAAGCAAAGCCUACGAGGAAUUCCCGGACCCUCUUUCCAAAGGCCGAGAGGGAGGUUUCGACAUCCACAUCUAUCAUUUCCAAAAUAACCCCGAACAAGCCUCAUUUGCGAAAGCGCUCUGGGAGCGAAUCAGACGAGAAUUCCCCGAGCUUCGAAUUUACACCUUCUUCGACCGGCCUAUCGGCCCUCACCCGGUGGCCAUGUUUGAAGUGAAUCUGUUCACCCCCGCGCAGUUUGGAGCCUUUGUCCCUUGGUUGGUUAUUAAUCGGGGCCCGCUCAGUGCUCUCAUUCAUCCCAACACAGUGGCAUCAGAGGAUGAGCGCAAUCAUACUCAACGUGCGACGUGGCUUGGUGAUCGGAUUCCGUUGGAUUUGAGCCUCUUCAAGAGGAAAUAG